AUGCAAGAUAUGGCCUCGACUCCCCACGGCUCCAGUCGCUUGCGCUCAAUUAGCGCAAUCAGCUUUGCUGAUCAGUUACCCGAUAGAAUAGGGAGGCAAGCCAUAAAUCUGUUGCAACCGAACACUACCAGCUGCAAAGGAGGAUGGAAGGAGGAUGGGGACUUUUUGGCUACCGCUUGGAAACCGCAGAACGGACAUAUUAGCGCUGUUCAAGAUGUAGCUUUGUGCUGGACAAAGUCUGACAACGGGAACCAUUGCCGUCCAGAUCUUAAGCUUUCGGAUCAGAUUAGAUCUCACUGA